AUGGAUUUUGGACACCCUCCUCCGAAUAUGGGGAUGCCUCCACCCGGCAUGGGUGGCCCAAUGGGCCCACCCGGUCGUAACAACAUUCGCCAUAAUUUUAGACCUUUCAACUAUCAAAUGCGAUUCCCGCCUCAGGGUCCCCUAAAUAUGACUCAAGACGACUUUGAUGGUAAACGUUUACGUAAAUCUGUAAUGCGAAAAACGGUAGAUUAUAAUUCUGCAAUAAUAAAGGCUUUAGAAUGUCGUGUUUGGCAGCGAGACUGGCGGGACAGGCACGCGUUGCAACCAGAUGCUAUGUAUACUCCUGACCUAUUACCGCCACCUUCUUAUCCUGAUAACCCCAUAAAUGCUGUUACCACCCGUUUUGUUAAGACUGCUACGAAUAAGAUGAGAUGUCCAAUUUUUGCUGUGGCAUGGACACCCGAGGGGCGCAGAUUGAUAACUGGAGCUUCAUCUGGAGAAUUUACUUUAUGGAAUGGAUUGACAUUUAAUUUUGAAACUAUUUUGCAAGCUCAUGACUCACCAGUUCGGACAAUGGUUUGGUCCCAUGGUGAAGGUUGGAUGGUUACUGGUGAUCAUUCCGGUUUUAUCAAGUAUUGGCAAAGUAACAUGAACAAUGUUAAAAUGUAUCAAGCUCAUAAGGAAGCAGUAAGAGGCAUAAGUUUUAGUCCCACUGAUGCUAAAAUAGUUACUUGUUCAGAUGAUGGCACAUUGCGUAUCUUUGAUUUUUAUAGAUGUCAAGAAGAAAGAAUAUUAAGAGGACAUGGAGCUGAUGUCAAAUGUGUACAAUGGCACCCCACAAAAGCUCUUAUUGUCUCUGGUAGCAAAGACAAUCAGCAACCUAUAAAAUUGUGGGAUCCUAAGUCAGGAACAGCUCUGUCAACUCUACAUGCUCAUAAAUCUACAGUGAUGGAUUUAAAAUGGAAUGAUAAUGGUAACUGGCUUAUAACUGCAUCUCGUGAUCACUUAUUAAAGUUAUUUGAUAUUCGUAAGCUUGGAACUGAACUACAAAUAUUUAGAGGUCACAAAAAAGAAGCAUCUAGUGUCGUUUGGCACCCAAACCAUGAGGGCUUGUUCUGUUCUGGAGGUUCUGAUGGUUCAAUAUUAUUUUGGAAUGUGGGAACUGAUAAAGAAGUGGGAUGUAUAGAAGGUGCUCAUGAAUCAAUAGUUUGGACAAUGGCAUGGCAUCCUCUUGGUCACAUAUUGUGUUCUGGGUCUAAUGACCAUACUUCUAAGUUUUGGACACGUAAUCGGCCUGGAGAUCAAAUGAGGGACAAAUAUAAUCUUAAUACAUUACCUCCAGGAGUGCAGGAUGAUCAAGAUCUGGAAGAACCAGCUGCUAUACCUGGAAUGGGUCCUGAAGAUAAAGUUGAAAUAUUCUCUUCUGACACUGAUAAAGUGAUUCCUGGUUUAGACUUGGACACUACAUUUAUUCCCAUGGAAUUUGAAAAGAAGGUGAAGAAAGUGCCUUACAGUAAACCAAUUCCAAGAAAUUUCCAAGCUCAAUGGAAUCAUGGUCCAACAGCUGAUGAUGCAGCAACAGAAGCUUUAACACAAGCUUUAGUGGAAUCUGUUGCUGGUGCUGUGCCCCUUCAACAGCUUAACCCUACAGCUAUUUUUAUUUAUGGUAAACUAAUUCCAGUAGAGCCAGGUUCAAAACUUGAAAAAGCUAUAUCAGAAGGACCAAUAUCAUUGAAAAGAUAUAUAGCUACAGGUGAAAUUGAAGAUUUAGAAGACAUGAUGCCACACUUGGAAGAGGAUGCCGAUGAUGAUAACUUUCCUCCAUUUGAAUAUCCCACUCAAGAAAAUAAUGAUGAUGAAAAUCAACCUGCAGAUGAAGAAAAUAAGGAUAAGAAUGAUUAUGAAAAAGAAGACUAUUUUGAUAAUGAAAUGGAUACUAGUGAACAAAACGAAGAAGAUUACAAUAAUUAUGAUAAUGGGCCUGAAAGGAAUAAUAUGAUGCCAAUGGGUCCAAUGCCACCGAUGGGUUUGUUAAGACCUCCAAUUAAUAUGGGAUCGAUGAGACCACCUAUGCCUCCUCAUGGUCCUCCGAUGCACUCAAUGCAUAUGCCACCUCCAGGAAUGCCACCAAUGGGAGGUAUGCCACCAAUGGGUACCAUGCCUCCAAUGGGCAACAUGCCACCUAUGAAUAAUAUGCCACCAAUGGGCAAUUUGAAUCAACGUCCACCUUUCCCUGACAAUGGAUUUAAUAAAGGGCACUAUGAAAGUGGAUAUGACAGUAAUCAAUCAUUUUCCCAAGAGAAUGAUGAUUAUAAUGAGGAUACAUCUUAUGAAAACAGUUAUGAAGAGGAAAACUAUAAUGAUAAUGAAAAUGGUGAUAAUGAUAGUUAUGGAAGGAACCAGAGAUGGAUUGGUGGCUUCAGGGGCAGAGGCCCAGACAGAGGACAGCUUAGAGGUAGAGGUCUUGAUCGUGGAAGGGGACAAGAUCGGGGCAGAGGUCGAGGAAUGAAUGGAUUUGGUGGUCGCAUAAUUCGUAGAGGUGGUCCUCAACGUGGCACAUCUUGGAUUCGUCGAGGUGUUGGUGCCAAUCGUCAGUUUAGAAGAGGAGGAAAACAACCUAACUAGGAUUAAAUCUCAAAAUGCAUGUUACGCUGACUUUUGAAAAUUCAUUUGAAUGAUAGGUAAUGAGUGUUAAGUGUAAAAGAUUAAAAGUGUUGGUGAAUAAAAAGGUUGUACAUAAUUUUUAUUUA